AUGCAAUUCAACAUGGACGACAAGGUCUCUCAAGAGCCAUAUACAAGUCCAAUCUCAGAGUCGGGGUCCUUGUCUUCCGCAUUGAGCACGCCUCGAUCAUGGAGUAUCUCGCCACCCUCAUCUCCCAUUCAUUCCGAAGGGUCGGAGGGCAUGUUGACAGAGGAUGCCGAUCGAGAGAGCCUGAGAAAUACGGAGCGCUAUGGCCAGUCCCAAGUCCCCGGCGUCAACUUGUCUGCAGAAACCCAGAUUAGCACGUCCGCAUCACGGCGGAUACAGGACAUUCCUCAGGAGAUCCGAGCAAGGCGAACCACCUUUUUACUCUCACACAUGGACACCAUACGCCCUCUGGUUGGUGACGCAAAUAUGAACAAGUUGACCAUUUCAAACGUUUACGCACUUGUCAACGUACUCCCAUAUGGAAGACUUGGUACUCAGCCGAGAGGUCUUAGAGCAGAGUUAAAGCCCUAUCAGCUUGAGGGUCUGUCUUUCCUGGUAUACCUGUGCCGCAACGGCGUCGGUGGUAUCCUUGCCGACGAGAUGGGUCUAGGCAAGACGCUUCAGACGUUGAGCCUCUUCCAACAUUUGAAGGAACGAGACGGUGGAUAUUCAAACAGCAAUGCGCCCUUUCUCGUCGUGUGUCCACUAAGUGUCCUAGAAACAUGGUUAACAGAAAUUGAGAAGUGGACCCCCGGCCUUCGAGCUGUGAAGUACCAUGGCACAUUCGAGCAACGAGACGCCGUGAAGAAGAUGAUAUCUGCCCAGAAAAAGCCUAGUAUUUUCAAAAACUUGACAAACGUUGUGGACAUUGUGCUCACAACAUAUGAGACUUUAAUCUCAGAAAUAAACUGGUUUUCAAGGGUCUUCGUUUGGCGAUACGUCGUCCUUGACGAGGGCCACAGGAUUAAGAACAGUCGUUCGAAGAGAGCAUUGGUCCUUAACCGCAUCAAAGCAGAGAUGAAGCUCGUGCUCUCUGGCACGCCAAUACAAAAUGACUUGAGUGAACUAUGGUCAAUAUUCCAUUGGCUUUACCCCGAGAUCUUUGUGCCAGUCACCGAGAAGCUCUUCCAGGAAGCCUUCUCCGUGAGCGACGGGAAAUUUGAUCCUGCGUUUCUCGAAUGCGUUAAAAGAUUUCUAGGACUGAUCAUGAUCCGAAGAACCAAGGAUUCGCCGGGAGUCGGAUUGGAUAUUCCGCCCAAAACGGAAACUGUGCUUUCGGUGCCCUUAUCGCCUAUACAGCGUUCAUUGUAUUUGAGGAUCCUUACAGGUGCAGAAAUCUGGCAGUUGCCCUUGGAUUCCUCUGGAACCUCGCGCUUUCAAAGAGAUGGAGCCUUGCCUGGUCAAGUAUCAGUCGAAAAACCAUGUUCUGGGCCAGGUGAUUCAACGUCCGAGGAUUCUUCAGUCACGUUUGGGCCUGGAAAGUACCGUGUCACAGGAAACAUUCUUAUGGAGCUGAGAAAAUGCUCCAUUCAUCCUUAUCUUUUCGCGGACGCAAUUCCCGAUCCAUACAGACUAGGAGAACAUAUCAUCAAUCAAUCAGGCAAGUUUUUGGUGCUGAAGAAGCUCAUUCAACACUACUUGGCAAGCGAGACGAAGGUCAUCAUUUUCUCGAACUUUGAUCAGGCUCUAAACUUGUGCGAGGACCUGCUCAUGAUGCUCCAAGGCAGCAACCGAGCCUUCGAGUACGCACGGCUCGAUGGGAGAACCACAGGGCCAUGGCGCAAGGUCAUGGUGCACCUUUUUCAGAACGAUUCGAGAUACAAGGUUUUCCUGGUUUCGAUCAGAGCUGGCGGUGAAGGGUUAAAUUUGACCAGCUCCUCUGUGAUUGUAUUUUUGGAUGAGGAUUGGAACCCUCAAGUGAUGCGACAGGCCGAAGCACGAGUCCAUCGAAUUGGACAAACCCGGCCGGUAGUAAUUUAUAAGCUCCGUUCCACAGGCACAGUCGAAGAGCAGAUGAGCCGUCGGCUAGUCAAGAAGGCCUAUAUCGCAGAUAGAGUGAUCGACAACAUACACACUCACUGCCCCAGGGAUGAUUACCUUGACAUGAUCAAGACUGAAGAGGGGAGCAUGUCUCAGAAAUCGACGGAUAUAUCUGGCUUGCCUUCACCCGUCUUCUUGGAUCAGACUUUCUUGUCUCAGAAACAAAUUGAUACAGACGAGAUGGCCCAGUGGGACAUGAGCACUAUUCUGAACAAGUGUGCAAGUACCCAAAGGGACGAAGGACUUUCCGGAAGCCUCACUGUUGAACAAGAGCAACUCUGGCUUGAGAAGGCUGACAGAGUCAAGACCAACCUGUUCAAUGGGGUGACGAUUGAUACAAGCGGACGCCAUCAUUCAGUAUAUGCUGAAGACAUGAGCAGCAAUCUGCUCCGCUCCAAUCGUCGCAUUGGUAAGGAGAGGACGGUCAUGAUCGACGGCUAUGCAGUGAGCAAGGAAAGCCUGAGUCUCUCAGUCGAGGAGCCGGUGUCUACUAAUGAGGACUGUGACUCACCUACGAACACUAUUACUCAUGAAAUGACAUGCUUCCUAUGUCAGCAGUUCAACGCGGAGGACUGUGACACAUGCCCUCGUGCUUUCCAUGCUGGUUGCCUUGAGAGCGUGAUUGAAGAAGAACAUCCAAGUCUGGGAUCUUCAAUUUGCCCCCAUCAUUACUGCUGGGAAUGCCACAAGAACGCACCAGAAGCUGGACGCCUCUUGUUUUGCUGCAGGCGAUGCGUGAGGGCAUUUUGUGACGAAUGCUUGAACUGGGACACUACCACCUUCGUUGGAGCCAACGCCGCGUAUGAGACCUUAGGGUAUUUUUCCCGAAAUGCCUUCUACAUCGAGUGUCCUACUUGCAGGUACGACGAAAAGCGCAAGCAUGCGUCUGAAACCGAAGGCUACUCGGGAAAGCGAAGGAAGUUGUAG